AUGCACGUCUCGGAACGCCGUCAACUUCAGCAGCAAGCACGUGAUAUGUUCUACCAUGGGUAUCGUAACUAUAUGGAGCACGCGUAUCCAUGGGAUGAACUUAAACCUCUGAGCUGCUCUGGACGCCGAUGGGACCGUCGUGAACGUGGUGAUUUAGAUGAUGUUCUAGGUGGGUUUUCACUAACGCUUAUAGACUCUUUGGAUAUGUUGGCGGUGCUCGGAGACCGUGACGAAUUUGCACGGGCAGUAAAGCUUGUAUCCAGUAACGUGACGUUUGAUCGAGAUGUGACUGUGUCGGUGUUUGAGUCUACUAUUCGGGUCCUUGGUGGUUUAGUAUCGGCGCACAUGUUGGCAUCUCCCGAGUAUUUUGGAAUGAUGGAUGAAGAUGAGUAUCAUGGUGAGUUAUUGGACCUGGCGGAAGAUCUUGGACGUCGGUUGUUGCCGGCAUUCAAUACACAGACAGGACUGCCCGUGCACCGGGUAAAUUUGCGCCGGGGAGUAUUGUCAAAAGAUCAGGCGGCGCAGUUGACGUGUCCUGCGGCAGCAGGGUCACUAUUGGUCGAGAUGGCGUAUUUAUCAAGACUUACAGGGGAUGAAAGGUUUGAAACAAGAGCAAAACUUGCAGUCGUGGCGAUAUGGGAACGUCGAUCGCAUUUGGAUUUGCUGGGAAGUGCCAUUGAUGUCGGGUCCGGUAAGUGGAUGCAGUCGCACGGGGGAGUCGGUGCGGGGCUAGACUCUUUUUACGAAUACUUGCUAAAGUACCACCUUAUCAGUGGAGAUUCGCAGUGGAUGACGAUGUUUAAUGACAGCUACCAAGCUAUUGAAACGCAUGUAAAUCAUGACGAUGUGUACAUUGAGGUAGAUAUGAAUGGAGGUAAGAACAAAGUCCGAUUUCGUCGUGUGUCUGCGCUGCAGGCAUUUUGGCCCGGUCUACAGGUGCUUGCUGGUGAUGUAUCGGGUGCCAUUCGCACUUAUGAGCACAUGUUUCAUCUUUGGGACGAGUUUGGAGCCAUGCCUGAGCUGUUUGAUCUGGCUCCACCUGGCAUAGCGAAACUUGGCAAACGAGGAACUGUGGUCAGCUGGGCACGAACGUCUCCACUUCGUCCAGAGUUGAUUGAGAGUACCUAUCAUCUGUAUCAAGCCACUCAAGACCACAAGUACCUGAAAAUGGGUCGGCAAAUACUGCAAGACAUCCGUCGUGUGUCCGAAGUUCAAUGUGGGUACGCGGCUUUGGGAGAUAUCUACACACUUCAUGUUGAGGAUCGUAUGGACAGCUAUUUCCUCUCUGAGACUGUCAAGUAUUUAUACUUGCUUUUCAGUGAUGAUCCGAAUGUGAUUGUACCAGUAACACCAGCACGACAUUGGAAAAACAGGACACCAUCGAUGAACGGAAACUGCACAGUGGAGAUGACAGACAAAAAUCAUGCGCGUCGUUCUUCAGGCGGUUGUAAAAAUCAAACUCAAAAUGUGAGCGCUGCUUUUGGCGAGCCAUCCUACAGUAAAAGGAACAGAAAGUCUCUCAAAUCGUCAGACGUAGUCUUCAGCACCGAAGGUCAUGUUUUAAUGCUGAAUUCGCGCCUUUUUGGGCGCACGAAGAAGCAGAAUACAGUGUCUGCCUCACCAAAGUGCCAAGAUGGCAAACUUCAGGGGUACAAACGUAAUGAGGAGCUUGCUGUAGCAAGAGGAGUCCUAGCAACGCCUCCAGUUACCCCUGUGGGGUUAGCUCUGCGGCUCGGCGACACGCAUUUGAUGACACUGGUGGCAUCUCCUGCCAAUUUUGGGUUACGAGUCACGGGCGCAGCAGCAAUAGAGGCACCAAUGCUGCUCUUUGCACCAGAUAUUAGCGAUGCCUGUGACUUCAUAGACUCCCAGCGUGUGCGUGGUAAGAUCGUGAUGGUGGCACGCGGCACGUGCACUUUUGCGCAGAAGGCAUUGAGGUUGCAAAAUGCAGGGGCUGCUGGUGUUGUAGUCAUCAACUCUGAGGCCUCUUGCAGCAGAUAUCUUGCCCGAACAUUUUCACUGAGUGAUGACGGUCGCGGUCUUGGCAAGAAAGUGACAAUACCCGUUGUUCUUGUUGCACGUGAAGAUGCGAUGCAGUUGCAAAGGCAUGAAGGCCUGAGGCAGCUGCUCAAUGACGCUGAAGGUAAGUCAGAAGGUAACUCGGAAGGUUCUGGAGCUGACGUUGAAGGUUCUGAUGUACUUAUUGGUUCGCUGUCACCUUGGCUUUACUGA